UCAUGGAGGCGGCGUCCGGGGGGCGGCUGUCGCCGGGCGCGCCUGCGUUCGUCCAUCAGGCUGCGACGCGGGGAGCACCGUCGCGGCUGCAGCCGGUGCGGCGGCGGAGGAGGGCGGGCCGUGUCCGCCCGAGUGGGCGCCUGCUGGACCCCCCUUCCGCCCUCGAGCUCCCUGGUGUCGCCGACCCCGCGUUCGGUGGCUCAGGUCCCGGCUGAAGUCUGCGAGGACGUGGCGUGGGGACCGAGCCUGCGCCCUGCGCGCGAGGGGAAGCUCUGCGGCCGCCACCGCGAAGUGCAGGAGCUGUUCCCGGGACCGCGGGCGGGCACGCGCAGCGCGCCGUGGCUUUUAGCCUUUGUUCUGACUGGCCUUCGCCCCAAAGGAAGUGUCCUCUAGGUGGUUCCUUAGCGAUGUGGGAAAUAUUAAUUGGGGAGCCGAUUGCCACCUGUCUUUCUCCUUCAGUGUAUGACAUGAUCUGUAAACUUGGGUUUGAAGUCAGAGAAAAUUGCGACAUCAGUAGUAUUGUAACUCAAAACGGUGAAGUAUGCUGGAAGAAAAUUACAGACUGCAUGGUUUAUACAGAAUCAGCCCAGGGUCUGGACCACCGGGAAAGCGUGCGGCUGCUGGGCCCCGUGUGCCAGGCCGUCCACCUGUAUCUGUCGUCUCUGCCGAAGGGGCAGUUUGAAGUGCAGUAUGCACCGGCGCUCCAGUGGACAGGUGUUCCAGAGUUAUUUCCUGAAAUACUUGACGCCUUGAGAAGUCUUGAAUCUCCCAGUAUUUCUCUCAGCCUCAUGAAGCUCACAUCCUCUCUGGAGCGAGCCCUGGGUGACGUAUAUUUACUGAUUGGGAAGGACUGCCCCUUUCUUUUAAGAGAUCUGCUCGCAUCUGAGGAACUUGCUCAAGUCUUCGGGCAGCCUGUGAUGGACGUGCUCAAGGUCUUCGUGGGCUCUCCGCGUGGGCUCAACCUCCGCAACGUCCUGUGGCACGGCUUCGCGGCCCCUCAGGAGGUUCCGCCCAAAUACUGCUCGAUGAUGGUGUUGUUGACAGCAGGCUUGGGUCAACUACUGAAGGGCUUCCUUCAACAGACAAACUUCACGUUGGCACAUCGGCCUUUCGUGACUCUCACGAGCAUAGAGGAUUUGAUCGUUUUUCCUGACGUCACUUCGGAGGUGCUGUCCGUAUUAGAAGAAGUGAUGAAGAAGUCCACUUUUAUACUGAAAACCAUGUUGCCGUAUUGGGAAGUUGCAUUAACCAAGUUAAAGUCUCACAGGUUUGCUGACUGUGCCAUCUUGCUGUUGGUGCAGCUGGAGACUGGACUCAGGAAGGCGUUUGCUGAAGUUAACGAGUGUCCAAAGAGGCUUCUCACUGCUGAGUCAACAGCUCUUUAUACUACCUUCGAUGAAAUAUUGGCAAAACACUUGAAUGAUGGUAAAAUCAACCAACUUCCUCUUUUCCUGGGAGAACCUGCAAUGGAGUUUCUCUGGGAUUUCCUGAACCAUCAGGAGGGUCCCCGACUGAGAGAUCGGCUGAGCCACGGGGAAGUCAGUUUACCUGACUUUCCGAAAGAAGCAGCCGGUCAGCUGCUUGCGUUUUCCUUUGUCCUUUUACUCAGGUUUAUUGAUGGAGAUCUGUUAGCCGUGUGUAAGGAAAAAGCAGCGGUGAGGUCACUGAUUAACCUUGCAGCAACCUACGUUUCUCGCUGCCACCCAGCUUCUCAGCUUAAAAAACAGGUGCUGAGCUGUGAGGGGAGCGUUGGAGCUUGGCCUCUGCUGCCUUUGCCCGAAGAAGCCGAAAGGGAGCCUGUGCGACCAGAAGGUGAUUCUGAGACAGAUGCCUGCAGCUCUUUAAUCACAGAGAUCGUGGCCGAGCUGUGUUGCUGUGCGCCUGAGACACACCGCGCCGCCCACGUCUCAGGGCCCCUUCCUCCUGAGCAGUGGCCACGGCUGCUCCACGCGCUCUGCAGCACCCCCGUGCGGACCCUCUUCUGCCCCCGAGCUGUCCUGGAGGUGCUGGCGGUGCUCCGGAGGGUCACCGCCCACUGCCGCCUCGUUGGUGGCCAGGUAGCUGCGUGCGUGGAGCUGAGGCGCCGGCAGUGGGAGGAUCGAAGCCUGCGCUCGCGGCAGAGGCGGAAUUACCUGCGUCUGGCGCGCAGUAUGAAGCUUCUAUCUCCGAUGCUUUACCUGAUUUUAUUGCUGAUUGCGCUGGAAUUGAUCAACAUUCACAUGGUUCUUGGGAAGAAUGCUUCAGAAUACCAGCAGUACCUGAGGUUCUUGAAGUGCGUCUUGCAGUACACAGAGAACGUGGCAGCUUGCACCAGGCAAGACAGAAACAAGUGGGACGACGCUGUCCGCCUCACACACGCGGCCUUGUUGAAGAUUUGGACUUUUAUUGAGAAGAAGCAGAUGUUAAUGCAUUUAGCCGAGAAAUCCACGAGUAAAGUCGUCUGAUAAGUCA